AACCUGGGUGUAUAAAAAAAUAAUUUUCUGGAUUUUUUUUCUCAUUCUGAGGAGCCCUAUUUGUUUACUUUUCUGAGUUAGAAUAGUAUUGCAACCAUGCAAAUUUGAAUAAGACUAUUGUGAGGUAUUGAUAGCUUGAAAAGUACACCGAAAAGAGUGUAUAAAGAAUAGGGAUAACAAUAACAUUUGUAUCGAAUUCACUCUUCCGUCGAACUUUGCUGCUAAACAUGGAAUACAAUCUUAUCAACAUGUUUUUCCUUUUCAUUUUUGUCGUCACUUUGAAACUGUUGUUCUUCAGAAAAGGGUUGAAAAACUCACCACCAUCUCCACCUUGUCUUCCUCUGAUAGGUAACCUCCACAUGAUCAAACACCCAAUUCAUCGCACCUUCCACACCCUCUCACAAAAAUACGGUCCUAUCUUCGCUCUUCGCUUUGGGUAUCAACCCGUUCUUGUAGUUUCAUCCGCAUCUGCAGCGGAAGAAUGUUUCACCAAAAAUGAUAUCAUCUUUGCAAAUCGUUUCAACUCUACAAAGACCAAGUAUCUCACCUUUAACAACACCCUCAUCACAGUCUCAUCUUACGGCGACCACUGGCGCAACCUACGCCGCAUCUGCACCUCGGAGAUCCUCUCCAAUCACCGCCUUAAUUCCUUUCUGGGAAUUCGAAAGGACGAAACCAUCAGGCUGCUACAAAAACUUGCUGAUGCUUCUAAUCAAGACGAUUUCACCAAAGUGAAACUAAGACCACUGUUUGCAGACCUAACGUUCAACACUGUGAUGAGAAUGGUGUGUGGAAAACGUUAUUACGGCGUGGAAGACCACGAUGAUACCAACGCCGAAGAGGCUAGGAAAUUCAGAGAGGUUAUGGACGAGUUGACGCAGUUCGGAUUGGGAUCCAACCUCGGCGAUUUUGUGCCUUUUUUCAGAUUGUUCAAUUUUAGCGUUGACAAAAAGUUACGAAAGUUCGGGGAGAAGCUAGACGCGUUUUUUCAAGGUCUCAUAGAUGAACAUCGGAAGAAGAAAGAAAGUUCGGACACCAUGCUAGACCAUCUACUCUCCUCACAGCAGUCACAGCCAGAGUAUUACACUGAUCAAAUCAUCAAGGGUCUUAUUAUGGCGUUAAUUGUGGCUGGAACAGAGACUUCUGCUGCAGCAUUGGAGUGGGCAAUGUCCCGUUUGGCAAACCAUCCAGAGGUGUUGGAAAAAGCAAGGCUUGAAUUGGAAAAGCACGUUGGAGAAGCGCGUUUGGUGGAGGAAAUGGAUGUUCCCAAAUUACAUUACCUUCAGAAUAUAGUAUCAGAAACUCUGCGAUUGAAUCCACCGGUUCCUAUGUUAUUACCUCAUUUAUCAUCGGAAGACUGCACCGUGGGAGGUUAUGACGUGCCACGUAAUACCGUGUUAAUGGUGAAUGCGUGGGCCAUACACAGAGACCCGGAGUUGUGGGCUGACCCAACGAGUUUUAAGCCCGAGAGGUUUGAGAAUGGGCCAGUGGAUGGUCACAAGCUGAUCCCGUUUGGGAUGGGAAGAAGGGCGUGUCCUGGCACAGCCAUGGCCCAAAGAACUUUGGGCUUAACUUUAAGCUCAUUGAUUCAAUGCUUUGAAUGGAAGAGAAUUAGCGAAGAAGAAGUUGAGCUGAGUGAAGGAGAAGGAAAUAUAGUGCGGAAGGCCAUUCCUUUGGAGCUUCAAUGCAAACCUCGUCAAAUCGUCACCAACAAUUUCUUAUUUUCACUUAAAUCCCCUUAAAUUACUUUAAACCUGAUUAGUUAUUACGUCUUUAUUUUUUAUAUUACUGUAUAAAUAAAAAACUCUUUUGUAUUGCUACUGUGAGAAGUGUAUAAAUAAAAACUAAAUUAAGGGAGGAGGAAGAUAAGAUUUGGCUGGGUACGAAAGUAUUGACAA